CCAGAAGCCCGCCCGCCUCCUCCGCUGCGCCGAACUCCGAAAUGGAACUCCACUGCCCUCCACUCCCUCUCCCCGCCUUCCCUUCUCGACGCCGCAUCGCUCCCACCCCUUCUCUCCUCCUCCCUCGACGCCCCAUUUCCUCGUCCAAAACCCUCACUCCUCGAUCCGAUCCAGGAUCGCGCUGUUUUGAUGUCCGCCUGCGGAGAAGAGCUACAACUUCCGAGGAGGCAUCAGUGAUAUUGUCAUCGGAGCAGUUCGAGGCAGCAGGAGAUGAAGCCACUGCGAAAGGCAUCGAUGGGGCGACGCCGACGGUAGGAGAAUCUUCCUAUGAAGCCAUUUCGGUGGAAGAAGAGGCUGAGGAUCGUGGAGAAAGCGAGGCUAUUUAUCUCUUGAAGAAACUCAAUCUCAAGCUGGACUUGGAAGACAACUAUUCCAUCCUCAUUUAUGGAACUGGUGCUCUGGUUGCUCUGUGGAUAUCAGUGACCAUUGUUGGUGCAGUUGAUUCUCUUCCUCUGUUUCCAAAGGUGAUGGAAGUCGUUGGUCUUGCCUACACACUCUGGUUCAGCUAUCGAUAUUUGAUCUUUAAGGAGAAUAGGGAUGAGUUGAUUGAAAUAGUUGAAGAUCUGAAGCAGCAAAUCCUUGGGCCAUCUAAUGAAUGAUUUACAUGACAUUGACUCAAUUUGCUCUAAUUCUGUUUGUUUGCUGCACCAAGCUGAGCUGCAUGGUCUGGUUAAAUCAGUUGAACAUGAAGAAAGCUAUAUUUUGUUUUCAGUUUUCUUAAUCGAUUGUCUUUCAGAAUUCUUAUGCAAUUUGGGAGCAUUAGACACAUUAGAUGUCAUUGCUCUGUAAACAUGUUUAAUUAAGCAAUCAUUGUCAUGGUUUUGAUUACAUUAAUUCUCUGUAAAGAUGUUUAAUGAUGAAAACCAUGGCUUGAAAUUUUGUUAUAAUGGUUACCUGAUAUAUGCACAACUGGCAUUGUGAAUAGAUCAGAAAUCUGGGAAUUU